AUGUUUGGGUUGCACCACCAUCAGGAUGCAACCGGACUGCACCAUCACCACCAGCCGCGGGGUCCCAGCCUCAAAGAGGAACCCCUAACGACGGCGAGGUCUUGGAUGCAAGGAACCGUAUCAGAUCAAACGGGGACUACAGUGGGUCGAGCUCACUUCGAGAAGCAGCCGCCAAGCAACCUGCGAAAGUCGAAUUUCUUCCACUUCGUCAUCGCCCUCUACGAUCGUGCGGGCCAGCCCGUGGAGAUCGAACGAACGGCUUUCAUCGGCUUCAUAGAAAAGGACCAGGAAGCCGAUGGUCAAAAAACAAACAAUGGCAUCCAGUACAGGCUCCAGCUACUUUUCGCUAAUGGCGUUCGACAGGAGCAGGACAUAUAUGUGAGGCUUAUAGACUCCGUUACCAAGCAGGCGAUCAUAUACGAGGGGCAGGAUAAAAAUCCUGAGAUGUGUCGAGUGUUGCUGACUCACGAAAUAAUGUGCAGUCGCUGCUGUGACAAGAAAAGCUGCGGAAAUCGUAACGAAACUCCAUCAGACCCUGUGAUAAUAGACCGAUUCUUCCUUAAAUUCUUUCUAAAAUGCAACCAAAACUGCCUGAAGAAUGCUGGAAAUCCAAGAGACAUGAGAAGGUUUCAAGUUGUCAUAUCAACACAGGUGGCUGUGGACGGACCCUUGCUGGCAAUUUCCGACAACAUGUUCGUACACAACAACUCCAAACAUGGCAGAAGGGCGAAACGACUGGACCCCACUGAAGGUCAAUUUCCAGGCCUCUACCCACCCUUACCCGUAGCUACACCCUGUAUAAAAGCCAUCAGCCCCAGCGAAGGGUGGACGGCGGGCGGAUCAACGGUCAUCAUCGUCGGGGACAACUUCUUCGACGGGCUCCAGGUCGUCUUCGGGACGAUGCUGGUGUGGAGCGAGCUGAUAACGCCGCAUGCAAUACGCGUCCAAACCCCACCCAGACAUAUACCAGGAGUUGUGGAGGUGACAUUAUCGUAUAAAUCAAAACAGUUUUGUAAAGGGGCCCCCGGAAGAUUUGUUUACGUUUCGCUCAACGAACCUACGAUAGACUAUGGAUUCCAACGAUUACAGAAACUCAUACCCAGGCAUCCCGGUGAUCCUGAGAAACUUCCAAAGGAGAUCAUACUCAAAAGGGCAGCAGACCUAGCGGAGGCCCUGUACUCCAUGCCUCGCAACAACCAGUUGUCCCUUUCCGCGCCGAGGUCGCCCACCAUGGGCAACAACGGGAUGACGUCCACAUUCAACGCCUACACCGGGCAGCUGGCUGUCAGCGUUCAGGACAACGGAAACGGUCAGUGGACAGAAGAGGACUACGGUCGGACGCAGAGCAGCAGUGUGUCGCCGCGCGGAGGCGGUUACUGCUCGAAUGCGUCCACCCCCCACUCCUCCAACGGCGGCUCCUACGGCAGCAACAUGAACGGGUACGGAGGGACCACGCCGACGAGUACUUCGCAGAUCUCCAAUAUGCUGCCCAGCUCGCCGUCCGCGGGGAUUUUCAACACCACUCCAAUUACUCCUGAAGCCGCUCAGUAUCAUUUCAGCGCAAGCUACGCAAAAGGUGCACCCCCUGACAAGGAAAAGAGUGCUUUCGCACCCGUCGUACGCGGGGGUGAUUCACCACAAACUCACACCCCUGCGCCAGCGCUCUUCCACCACCAGCCUAUUACGGGGUGGCAUCAUUUAGCCGUGCAGUGAAUGAGUUUGGUCUCUUCACCUUUCGCCUCGAUGAACCCCUUCGCUCUGCCCACCUGCAACGCCCAGACUUACGGAUCUACGGCU